AUGAGUUUUCACUCGCCGUUGAUGUUAUCAACCGCAAGCUUGGGUGGCUCAGAGAAGUCCAACGCUUUCUUCACCCCCCUCAACAUCCUCUUCCUCCUCGUAAAUCUCUACACAAUCUACGUCCUCCUCCGCCCGACCCCGCCCCCGGUCCUCCCGAAAGAGCCGGCCGCUACCGUCUUCCGCGUGUUCAACCCGCGAACACUCCUCCCCUUCACUGGCGAGAACGACAUGCCCAUCUACCUCGCCGUCCGCGGCCGCGUCUUUGACGUUUCCCACGGUCGCAACUUCUACGGCCCCGGCGGGCCCUACUCCAACUUUGCUGGGCGGGAUGCUUCUCGUGGCCUGGCGCUUGGCAGCUUCGAUGAGGAUAUGUUGACGGAGAACCUGGACGGCCCGCUGGAUCCGCUUGAGGGGCUGGGGCCGGACGAGAUUGAGGCGCUUCAGGGUUGGGAGGAGAACUUUGACAGCAAGUAUCUUGUUGUUGGCAGGCUUACUGCGGUCGGCGAUGAGGAGAAAUAG